AUGGUGGCAAAUGAGAACGAGGUACUGGACUCUUUCGCUCCUUUCAUAGCGGGGUUUAUCAUGCAGGAUGUGGAGACGGACAAGGCUAUCCGAGUCAAAUGGCGUGAGAUAUGUCGAGCCCUGGGCCGUCUGGAGGACGCAUACCCAGACCAUCUUUUAUUCAGAUCGCCCAACAUCAUGGUGGCCUUCACUCAACAUGCGACCACGUUGCCAGAGUUGACGGCGCAGGUGUCAUUGUUGAAGGGGGACAAAACAGUCAAGAACUGGGAGGCUCGUCUUCACCACCCUGCAGCGAUUGUUAGGCCGACAGAGGUCCAACAUAUUCAAAAGUGCAUUCAAUGGGCCCUGAAGCACGGGUUAGGCCUGGCCGUCAUCGGCGGUGGGCAUAGCGGCCACUGCCAACGUUCCAAUGUCGUUUCAGUUGACAUGAGCGCAUUCGACCAACUACACAUUAUCGAAUCUGAGGAUGGUCAACGAGAAUCUGGUCAAGAUUCGGUUCCCUUGAUUGUUGCUGGGGCCGGCUGCAAGACGGGAGAUAUCAUCCGGAAGACCAUGGCUGCAGGCGUGACAGUCCCCUUAGGGGCCCGCCCAAGCGUAGGCGCGGGGCUAUGGUUACAAGGUGGCAUUGGCCACCUAGCUAGGUUGUACGGGCUUGCGUGUGAUGCUAUCCUCGGUGCCGUGAUGGUCAGUGUUGAAUCUAGCCAGGUUUUUUACAUCGGCCGUGUACCAAGCCAACACCAGCCUGCCGGUGCCGUGCGUCCAGAAAACGAAGAAGAUCUGUUAUGGGCAAUGAGAGGCGCUGGCACCAACUUUGGCAUCAUAGUCAGUUUUACUUUCAAAGCUUAUGUGGUUCCGACCUUCUCAACUCGGACCUGGUGUAUCCCGUUAAGUGACAAUAUUGAGGCGCGGCACACCCUUAGUAGGUUUGAUGACCUUGUCACCGGGAGUCUCCCACGGAACUGUUCUGCAGACGCGUAUGUGUACUGGGACACUGGGAGGCCGCAUGUCGGCGUGAGCAUGUUCGAAGCUUCCACGACAGAGCCAAGGGUUUUCGGGCCUGAAAACAAUUUCCAGGUCAUGGACAGCGUCAUGUUGUUCGAAGCCGAUAUGUACAUGUCAGAAAUGCACGGCGGGCACGGCUCCAUCAAAAAAUCCUCAUUCAAACGAUGCCUAUUCCUAAAAUGCAUCGGAGCACCGAAGGUCGCCGAUAUCCUGGUGGCAGCCAUUAGGAAUCGUCCCUCAUCGGAGUCCUAUCUUCAUCUGGUGCAAGGUGGCGGAGCUAUCAGCAAUGUGGCAGCCAAUGCAACUGCUUUUGGUUGUCGAGACUGGGACUUUGCCUGUGUGAUAACAGGUGUAUGGCCACGCGAACAAUAUGGAAACGCAUCGUCGCGAGAUGCCGUGCAGUGGGUGUACGACGUCGCUAAUGACUUGUUGCCUGUGAGUAGCGGAGUUUACGGCGCAGACCUAGGGCCGGAUCCAAGAGACGCUGUGCUGGCGGUCAAGGCUUUUGGGCCGAAUCUAGCUCGACUUUCUCACCUCAAGCACAGCUUAGACCCGAAUGAUGUCCUGGCCUAUGCCUGCCCACUCCCGAAAAUGCCGAGGGCACAGAAGCUCAUCAUUCUCAUCACGGGCGCAAGCGGCGCCGGAAAGGACUAUUGUGCCGCUAUCUGGGUCUCCGCGUUCCUCAACUACACCCUUAAGAGACUCAUAGCUCGCGUAGUCAGCAUUAGCGAUGCAACUAAGCGAGAAUACGCGGCGGCCACCGGUGCCGACCUGAACCGCCUACUGCAGGACCGCGCGUACAAAGAAAAGCAUCGGCCAGCGUUAACGACAUUCUUCCUGAAUCAGGUGCGGGAUCGUCCUCGAUUACCAGAGGAUCAUUUUUUGAGUGUGGUACACGGCGCCGGAGACGUGGAUGUGUUGCUAAUCACGGGAAUGAGAGAUGAGGCACCAGUCGCCGCAUUCUCGCCUUUAGUUCCAGGUAGCAGACUGCUUGAAGUUCACGUAAAAGCUAGCAAAGAGACGCGACAUACUCGCCGAGGGUGUCACGAUGGUGAUGAUGAUACGUCAAAACUGAAGCUCUCAGACUAUCCUCCUAGUCUCAUCUUCGACAAUGAUGCGACCGGAGACAAGGCUGGGAAAGAGUUUGCCGAAGCCUUCCUUCUUCCUUACUUUGAUGAGGACCUUCAGCGCCUGGAUAACAUGGUGCGUUCAGUACCCGACUUUCCACGGCCGGGCGUUGAGUUUCGGCAUAUCCUCAACAUCUCCCAGCAGCCGGGUGGGCUAGCCCUGUGCACCUCUCUGCUGCAGACUCACUUCACCGGUGACUGGACGACAGUGGACGCGAUUGCAUGUUGUGAGACGGGCGGGUUUAUUUAUGCGCCGGCAUUAGCCUCGCGCGUCGAUAUACCCUUGGCGUUGAUUCGCGAAGCUGGGAAGCUGCCCCCGCCCACCGUGUCUGUCCUUAAGUGUUCAUCUCACAUAUCUUCGACAUCCGGUUCACAUGAGACGAGGAUUGAGAUAGAACGGGACUUGAUUCCUAAAGGCGCAUCGGUAGUAGUGAUUGAUGACGUUCUUGCCACGGGCAAGACACUUUGCGCGAUGUUACAGCUUUUAGGCGAGGUGGACGUUGCUGAUGUCAGCAUCAUGGUCGUCGGGGAGUUUCCUAUUCAUCGUGGUCGGGAGCUGUUGCGACAGCGUGGGUAUGGCGUCAAUAUCCAAAGCCUUUUAGUCUUUGAUGGUGUCUGA